AUGAUUAUGAACGAUCCAGAGUUAUGGAUCAAUUGGUAUAACGCCCAAAUUAACCAGCAGCCCUAUGACGUUCCCGGCUUUCCAGCUUCUACCAUCGGCUUAACACUUGACAACUGGCACCAGGUUAUCACGCCCUCGUUGUCGGAACAAAGGCUCCAGCAGGAGGUAGAAGAAGAGCAGCUAGGCCCCUCAGAAGAACUCCAGGAAUUGGAAAGUAUGGCCAGUCUUUCAGAUCAUCCGCUUUCGGACCAUCACUCCUCGGAUCGUCCCCCGUUGGAUCAUCCCCUUUCGGAAGAGUCGGUGUAUAGCAGUUUCUCGCACCCGAAUUCUGGGGAGGCAUGCGUUGGUGACUUAUAUGGCCGCGGUCGGGCGGGUUUCCCCAAUCCCGUCUCGGAGCGAGUGCAUUCAGCGACUCCCCAAAGUCUGGAAGACCCGGUGGCAAACGGUCCCAGGGUAGCGGGCGAGGAGAGAGAAGAGGCGGAGAGAGAAGAGGCGGAGAGAGAAGAGGGUGCGGAGAGAGAAGAGGGUGCGGAGCAGUUUGUGAUUGAAGUGUUGUCGUCGUACGAUGCGCCAUUGCGAUGGCGGGUGCUACAGCAUCUGGUGGCGUUUCCGAUCUUUCUGUACGUGACUGGCGUGGGUACGACAUGGUUGCGUGAGAUUUACGAGGAGGCUCCAGGUUGUUUGGAUCCGGAAAGCGUGGAGGCAGUGGCGUUAGGUAGAGAGCCUUUGUUUAUGGUGUUGGGGGAUGGUAGUCUGGCGACUGGUACGAAUGGUUGGUUCAUAGCAUUGUGGCUGCUCGCGUGCUAUGUCCUCGUUGCCUUCGAGAUCGCACACAUGGCUCUCUGUCUUCUCCUACGACUCAGACUACGCAGCUACCUUUACACCCUCGACCAACUCGAUCCACGUGAUAUGUGGCACCGAUGGGGUGACAGCGUCAUGGGCAACACGCCCUGUGGCAUGCCCCCCGACGAGAUCAACAAACUACCCGUCGUCGAACUCAGACACGCACGGCGAAUCGCCGCAGAAGGCAGACGCAACCCUCUCUCAGAAUGUCCCAUUUGUCUAGACGAGUUCCAAGAUAACGAAAAAAUACGACUCAUACCACUGUGCCGACACCUAUUCCAUCAAGCGUAA